AUGAAGAUGCUCGUGCUCAUCGUCGUAUGUGUGGUCUCGGCCAUUUUCGUCAUGAUCUCCUGGGCAGUCCUCCAGUACAUGUGGGAAGACGAGAAAGAGUGCAGAGAGUACACAGCAAGGAAGCUCCGAGAGAGCCUCUCCCAAGCCGAGGACGACCUCUCAGUCACCCAGCUUGAGCUCUCCCAGACAAAGUCCUCGUACCAGGCAAUGCAAAGACAACUCUCCGCCACUCGUCUUGAGUUGUCUACCGCAAAAGCCUCAUACGAAGAAGCACAACAACAACUCUCAAGCACCCGCAAAACCCUGAGCGAAACCGAAAAUCGAAACAAGCGUCUGGAGCCCCGACUCAGCAGCGUUGUUGACGCAUUCAUCCUCAACCGGAGCAAGCUCUCCAACGCCAACGCCACGCUCCAACUCCAAAGCUACGAGGCCAAGUCUCUGCAAAGCACUAUCGUCCGACUGCAGAACAGUCUCGACGAAUCCAACCGGGAGCGCGAACAUCUCGCCCAGUCAAACGAAUCGUACCAGCUAUGGGCGGUGCGGACCCGACAGGAGCUCGCCGCCGCGCAGUACAAGCAGAAGCAGCUCGAGAAGCAGCUGGCAGACAGCACGAAGAAGUCGAGCUUCACCAUGGGCAUGUUGCGUGCAAUGCACAACUAUUCCGAUGCACUAUCAAAGGACCUGAAGGCAGCGAGGCGCCAGAACGAGGAGCUCAAGGCUGAAAUCAAGCGUAUUGAAGAAGAAGCCGAGAAGAAGAAGAAGAAUCACACAGUGGAUGUGGGGGUGCAGUGGGGUGUUCAGUAUGAGAGUGAGGGAGAGCAUGAGGAUGACAAGACUGUAGUUGCAGAGGAUUACAACUACAACGAUAUUGGUGUCCAUGCCGAGACUCGGACACACACACAGAUGCAGAUGGAAAUGCAGAUGCAGAUGCAAAUUUCCAAUGCGUAUAACUGGGGAUGUCUGUGCAACCAAGACUAUUCCUGGGAGCCGCAAGGCCAGGACAAUACGUAUCCUGAGGCUCAGCAUGAACCGGAGCCUCAGCAUGGACCGGAGCCUCAGCAUGGACCGGAGCCUCAGCCUGAAAUUGACCACUGGGCUAGUAGCGACGACGACUACGACGACGACUCGGAUGCCGAGGACUACAGCUACGAUGCCUGGAGCAGCAGCGAUGACAGCGAUGACAGUGAUGACGGCGACGACUCCCCUGGAAAUGACAAGGUGCCACGCUCAUGUCCAGACAAAGACCCGGAACCUGAGUCUUGUUCUGUGCGGUCCUGUGACGAGGAGGAGGAGUGGAUUUACGCGACCAAGGAUUGUGAGCCGUUGGGUGGGUAUGAGUGGGAUUGA